AUAUGUACGAAAAAAAUGCAAGAGCAACAUGUCUCAUUGCCAGACUUUUACAUUGCUUGGUUCAUGGCUAUGAAUGAAGUUAGAAAAAUUAAAGAAAAUUUAUUUGUACCUGAUUUAUUAAAUUCGCUGAAGACUAGGUUGGCAGCUCUACGUAAGUCUAGAGCUUUUAAAAUGUCACUAUAUCUUGAUCCACGCAUGAAUUAUCAUGGGUCUACAUUUUUUCCACCUGAAGAGAAAGUGGAGAUACAGAGAUACAUUAAUGAAACAUGGCAGCGGAUUCACCAACUACAAUCGACAUCAUCAUCCUCCAUCAUGUCAAACGAAUCUUUAUCAGUAUCCGAAGGUAUUGAUGAUUUUGAUGAAUAUCUUACCGAGAUGUUCGGUGGAGCUGUGGACACGGAAAAUAGACCUCAAACAAAAUUUUUACAACAGCUUCAGUCGCUGGAUUUAGAACCACGUCAAAGUCACAGCUAUAACGUUUGGGAUCACUGGGUGAGCCGUAAGACAACGCAUCCAGAAUUAUAUGCAGUGGCCAUGGUUGUGCUGUCUACUCCAUCAAACCAAGUCUCCGUAGAGAGAGCCUUCAGCGUACUUGGUAUAGUACUCUCCAACCGUCGAACACAACUUGCAGAGGACACCUUGACAAAUAUCUUGUUGGUCAAGUUGAACAAAGCGUUGUUCCCACAAGCUAUUUCCUCAGCUUAUAAUUGGAAAGAAAUUUAAACAAAGGAUUGAUUUAGGCAGAUGUCCAUAAAUCAAAUGAUACUUGUCGUCCAAUUUUGUUGUUUUAAAUCUACAUAAAAAUAAAAAUAAUAAACGAGUUUUAUUCUCACAUCUAU